GUGUCGGCAACAUGUUGUGUUACUAUAUCUUGGCUACUCUGCUUAUCUCGGCCAUCGGCUCUCCCGGAGUGCAAGCUGAAGAAAACGAAGAACUACCAUCAUCUCCGAAUGGCAACCUUGGCGUAAUACUCGGAGCAUUAACAGUACAAAGAAACAAUAGAUACGUCACUGGUCCGAACGAUAAAAAUGUGUAUGGAUCCAUAGUUACAAUGGAUAACACAUUUGAUGCUGCUAAUCCUUCAAAGAGACGAACCCUUACUGCUUUUGCACCGGGCGGUCCUGGACAAGAUGGUGUUGCCUUUACAUGGACUAGUGAUGAUCUUCAUAAUAUCCUACAGACAGGAAACAACGGAGUUUUUGUAGGCGCGGUCACAGUCCAAGAUGGCAAUACCUAUACCGGUGACCUUGGUGGAACAAACCAGUUCGGAUCGGUUGUUGAACAAUCAGGCAAUGUUUUCUAUGGAACUCCCUCAAAUGGUCCCGUUCACUUUGGAGCCGUCACUGUUCAGAGGAAUAACCACUAUAGUACUAGUCCAGGCAGUAAGAAUUACUUUGGAUCGCGUGUUGUUCAACGAGAUAAUGUUUUUAAAAUUAAUGGAGAAUCAAAUGAGGAAGAGCAGUCAAAUUGAGAGGAGACAAAGAGAUUGAGAGAAGAGAAGAAGAUUAAAUUAAGAGGAAGAGAGAAGAGGAAAUGAUAGUAAUAUAGUAGUAAAGACUGUAGUUGGAAAUACGAUAAAGUUUACAUCAUCUUUGAUUUCAUUGUGUAAAUUUGUUCAGUUAGAUAAAUCAUUUUUUUACUAUAACAA